CAUUGAUGUGAGCUUUUAAACGCCGAUAUCAUAGCACCUUGACGCGUCAAAAUGGUGUCUUCCGGCGACGAAAUGCCCGACUCACAUCUUUCCGCACAUUUAUCGCUCGGUGGCGAGUUACCAGACGAUCCCGAGCUUCACAGCGUGGUCACCGACUUCGUGGAUUACACCGAAUACUUCCCAAGUGAUAUGAUACGCUCUUUAACACUCAUUCGCAACCUGGAUGAGCGCUAUGCGGAUGCCACGCACCAGGUUCACGAAUACGCACUGCAGCUAGGGAAACCAGCGACUGACGCCGCUGAACUGAGAAGGAAGAUGAGUAAGGCGCUACAGCAGGCUACCAUCUACAGAGAGGCUGCAUGUGCGGAGGCAAACAGAUUAGCGGAUAGCGCGCAUAGGAACAGGAAGAGACUCGCGCUCAUCAAGAGGAAAUUACAGGCGCUACCUCUGCCUCCAAGCCGAGAUCCCACGCCUGUACCUGUAUCGCCUCAGACGACAAGGUCAAGGAAAGAGGAAAAGACGCCGAAGUUGACCUUACAUAUUGAUGGUGGUCGCAAAAAACUUAAACACAGGAGGAUCUUGGUACCUGGGGAGGUGUUACCACCACCAAGUGCCAGCGAUGGGGCAUAUACACAGUCAGAAGAGUCAAGCGGAGAUGAACAAGAGAGUGUCGUCGAGACUAUAGAGCGUCGAGGCAGAAAGUCACAUAAUAUUAAGGUGCCCAAGACACCGAAACAACCUAAGCAAAAGGCACCAAAGCCUCUCAAGGUACGAGUACCAGGUCAAGGCACAAAUGUGCACAGUCAAGUUGCUGGCAUCUCUACCAGUAAUGCACUCGCAUUACUCACCCCUCCUCCUCCCGAUGCCAAGCCAGGUAGCAAACAUCAGCCUUGGUUCAAACUUACUGAGUAUGAGAUGGCAUUCCUGCGGAAGACCAUGAAGAAGAACGCCGUGUGGACCCCCAGCGACACAAUGAUCAGGCGCUAUUUACGUGACCACAAAAGAGGUGUUGAGUUCUAUGAGAAAGCAAAGGCCGAAGCCGAAGCAAAAGGAGAAGAGUUCUUGGACGAAGAUCCAUAUGACCCUGAUAAGCCGACUUUGGGACCUGGGGAGGUUGCGCCUGAUGCUCCGUCCGGCCAAGCACAGGCUUUGGAAAAUCGAGGCAUGCGACUCAAUGUUGCGAAGAAGGAAAAAGCUCAGAAACGUAAAGAGCAAGCGGAGAAGGAGGCUGCGGCAGCUGCAGAAGCUGCAAAGGCAGCUGUAGAAGCAGAACCUACAAAGAAGCAAUCACCGUCAUCUGUGUCAUCAGCAUCAAGUUCGCCAACCCAAAAGGACAAGGGUGCAAAGAAGGAGAUGAAAACCACGCGAAGUUCCAAAAAGAAGCAAGGACUAGAAGGGGCAACACAGAGCCUAGAUUUUCUAAAUAAUGACCUAGCGAAUCUGUUUAGUGCAGGACCUUCGCGUCUUCAAGACAGUAUUACGAUCACGAUACCGGGAUCCAGCAAGAAAGAGCCUAGGUCGUCAAGGAAGCGGAAGAGGGAAGGUGAGAAAGAUAUCGUUAUCCCUUCGGUCGAAUCAUCAGCGUCGAAGGAGUCAGCAAUACCUCCUGGACCAAAGAAGUUGAAGAUCAACCAUCCUUCGCUCGCACCUAAGCCAUCGUCAAAUUCGCAGAAAGAAUCACCAACGCCAACGAGAACGACCACGAUCACUACAACAACAACUAUUCCUCUAGCUCCAGCUGGUUCAUCGCCAAAAAAGACUUCGCACAAGAGGGAACCCACACCUGGACCAAUUACCGCUCCUACCGACGUGAAAGCAGCACCCGUGCAACCCACUGCCGCUCAAUCCAGACCACGGCGCGUUUCAGGAGGUGUGCGGGCUACUAUCGAACCAUCCGACGAAGAUGCUGGUGCUCUGUCAGCCAGCAGCAAAGAAGUCAGGGCCACUGAAACUAAAGACCGUGAAAUGCGACCACGCUCUCGAGGUUCAAUAACUGCAGGAAAAGCUGCAUCUGCUGAGCCCCCUUCCAAGCCACUUCGCGAACUACGUGAGAAACGUCGUGCGAGCGUCGUAGAUGCACACCCAGCUAGCGACUCUGCCGCACCUGUCUCAGGUUCUGGGGCAGCUACUGGUGCAUCACGUACUACCAGGGCGAACCGCCGUCCAGCUCCCGGUUUUGUCACGGACGAAGCAGACGGAAAGGGGAAAGUCAGUGUUGGGAAACGAAAAGCUGCCCCGAAGAAAGGAAAUGGGAAAGACAGGAAGGACGAAAUUGAGAAUGGAGAGGAUAUCAUUGACCCCAAUGAACCACGCUAUUGCAUCUGCGGAGAUGUAAGCUGGGGCACCAUGGUAGCGUGCGAGAACGCAGAGUGCGAAAAAGAGUGGUUCCAUCUUGAUUGCGUUGACUUGUCCGAACCACCCUCGCGACGACAGAUGUGGUACUGUCCUGAGUGCAGGGAGAAGUUGAAGGUUUUCGCUAACGGGGAUCCUUUGGUGGUUGAGCCGAUUCGCAGGCGUUAAUCUUUUAUUGAUGUAGAUAAACAAGCCAAAGCUUUCCUUGCUUACAUUGUCAUCUUCGACCUUGAACGUCUAGCUUGCAAUAACGGCACGUGAUUUUUGGGCAAGAUAUGGCCAUUGGACGAGCUGAUACAUCUUCAAAUACGCAAAAGAUAUUUGAACAGUGCAUCAAGGUAGAUUGUUAAGGCACAUGCGGACAUGAAAAUUAUCCAUGUAAAUUAAGCUUGGGUUCCGGGACCUGAGAGCGUUGGCACGGGUAAAACAAUGUAUGGGAUUCUAAGGCACAGGUUAAUAUUCCCAAUUUCUUGACCUGAGAGUUUUGUAACUACACAUCUGUAUUCUUAUAUUAUACGAACACCUUGCGCAGGAUGAUUCGGUUAAUCAAAGCUUUCAAAUCCUU